GAGGCGCCCCCGCCGGCGCUGCCGGUGGCGUCGAAGCGGCAGCCGCAGGGCGGCGCCGAGGCCUGCGACGCGGCCGCGGAGCAGGCGCCCGCCGCCAGGCCCGUGGGGAUGCCCGGCGUGCAGAGCCGCCAGCCCGCGCCGAUGCUGGCCGUAGGCCGAGGCGCCCCGUGGGUCACCAGCACGAUCACCACCCCCACCAACGAGAGACGCAGGCCCCAGCCGAAGCCGCUGGCGAGCACAAUGCCGGACAGCGGCGUGUUCUGCAGCUACGCCACGGGCUCCACCGCCAACAGCGUCCAGAGUAUGCCGCGGUGGGGGACGUCUGGCCACAGGUUGCAGGACGGCUGCUCCCCACCAGCUGUCAGCCCUGGCAGCAACGCCAGAGCGUUCACCGAGGGCAGCAUCAGGAAGGGCUCCGAGGGCAGCUACAUGAGAGCGACGACCAGGAACAGCACCCUGGAGAGCAGCGUGGGCGAG